AUGAAUGAAAAUAAUGAUAAUAAAGAUAAAGAAUUAAAAGAUAAUAAUAAUAAUAAUAAUAAUAAUAAUAAUAAUAAUAAUAAUAAUAAUAAUAAUAAUAAUAAUAAUAAUAACAAUAAUAACGAAGAUAGUUUAUUAUAUGAUGAAAAUCAUUUAAAGCGAGAAGCAGACUUUUUUAAAUUUCACCCAUAUAGUUUCAUUGAUGACGUUCAUGAAUCAACACACGACUAUUGUGCAGAUAGCGCAGAUUUCAUUGAAAGUUGUUUAUUAGGCCAUCCUUUAUUUAAUAAUAAUCAAGAAUUUAAACAAUUAAUACAAGAGGGAACUAAUAAUGUUUGGGAAUUACUUGAACAAAUUUUUACAAAAAAUUUAAAUAAAUAUGAAGAAUAUCUAUUAUCAUCAAUUUUAAAUAUACCAGAGGAUUUAAUAUUACCAGAUGAACAACAACCAAUUAAUAUUUUUAAUAAUAAUAAUAAUAGAAAUAAAAAUAAUAGUGAUAAUAAUAAUAGUCAUAGUAAUAAUAAUAAUAAUUCAAAAUUAUAUAAUAAAUCAAAUAUUAUUGAUAAAGAGAUGGAAGAUUUAAGAGUUAAUAUUCAAAAAUUAAUAAAUGAAAAUGAUCAAAUUAAAAAUAAAAUACAAACAACAAAACAAGAUAUAAAAUUAUUACAAUCAAUAAAUACCAAUUUAAAGACAGAUUCAAAGAAUAUUGAAAGUAUAGCGGAUAUUAAUCAAAAAAGAAAAGUUUUAGAAUACAAUUAUCAAGUUUUAAAAUCAAAAUUAUCAAAUACUAUAAACUCUGACAACAACAAUAACAAUAAUAAUAACAAUAAUCUUUGUAUAAACAAAUCUUUAUUGGAUAAGAUGAAUAGCUUAAACUUAAAAACUGUAAAUGAAUGUACUAUAAUAGAAUCCACAAAUAUAAUUGAUAAAGUUGAAAAAUCAAUUUGA